AAAAUAUGACAUAACGGCGCGGCCCACGGUACCGUCAAAAUUACAGUCAGAUUUUUAUUAAUGUGAUUAAAAUUUCAGUGAGUUUAACAUCUGAUACAAAUCAGGAUGUCUAGGAAACCUUUGGGUCCAAUGGACCCACUAAGAAAAAAGCGAGCACAACACACCCGGAACUACAGACAGAUAUUACCAGAUCCCUGAUCUGCAAAUCAAUUGCGGACCUGGGCCCGGCGCCUACCGGCUGCCAACCACAGUUGGCUUCAACCUGCACGACCCCUCUCGCUACCGUAACCCGAUGUACUCGUUCGGCACCAAUGCGGGAAUCAGGAUAAAGCAGCUGGGCCCAGGUCCCGCUUACAGGAUAGACAGGAUCACUAGGGACGGCAUGAUGUCUUCACCCGCUUGGAGCUUCGGGGCUAGGUUUGGGCCCCGCGCCCUGCUCAAGACUCCGGGCCCUGGGGCCCACGCGCCCGAGCGCUGCCCCCCGAUGAAGGAGCCGCGGGCCCCGGUCUACUCAAUGGGCGCGCGGCUCGGCUUCGCGCUGAAGAAGGCGGGCCCCGCGCCGAACGCGUACGCUCUGCGGCUGGGUCCUGGUUCGCCGGCGUACACUAUGGGAGCCAGGGUUGGAUUCAAUGCGAAGGCCAAGUCGCCGGGCCCAGCUGUCUACUUCCAGCGUGAUACUGACGUGUACAAAUGCAAAAUGCCGAUAUACUCGCUCGGCGCCCGGCUGGACGGCGGCGGCAAGCCCACGAAGUCGCCCGGCCCCGCCGCGUACCCUCCCAACUUGUACAACACUAAGAAGAAUCCAUACUCCUAUUCGUUCGGCACCAAGCAUGGCGACUACGCUCCUCCAAUGAUCAUCAAGGAAGACACCAUGGACUGCCUGUGAUUGGUCGAUUGAAUCUGUCCUGUUACUAAUCCGUAUCAAUAAGGCCUGGUAUAGUGUCAUUUCUAUCAAAGAACAUGAAAAUAACCGGCAUAAAUUAAUUAGGUAGAUUAAAAGACUGGCAAGUGUAGUAUAGCAUUAUGUACGUACAAUACUAUAUAUAUCUCAAGACGAGAUAAAAUAAAAAUACUGUCGUAAAUAUUAUAUAUCGACUUUGGAGACUUCUUUUAGAGUUCUAGAGAGAAGACUUAACUUUACAGAAUAUAAUAUUCUAGCUAAUAUCUGUAAAAAGCUGUUGUGCUCGGUGGUGCCCUCUGAAGAAACUGAUUUAUUCAAAAACAAAGUUGAUUUUUUACAUUUAAUAUUAUAAGUAGAAAUGGAUAAUUAAACUAGACAAGCAACACUGGACAUUUUUAAAAUAUAAUUUAAAAAUUAUUACAGCGUACGCUACUACUUCGGCGUACGCGAAUAUUUCUACCAGUCAUAGUCACAAAUCUCACGUGCGAAAGAGAUGAAAGGAAUCCGUUGCGAAUCGUCUAUUUCUGUCACACUCUAGAAUUGUGAAUGAGACGGCUAGACCCCGUGGCGUGCUUCCGCCUAACGCAGCGUACGCCUGUUUAUCUUAUUGUUUUUUCAAAGAGGGCGCUUCUUCACGACAAAAUAGUAAUUAUCUUAUUCACUUAUACCUAAAAAUCGUUUAAUCCCCUAUUUGCCCGGUUUGACCCAAAAGAUAAGAUUUUUAAAAUAUACUACAAUAUUCAAUGUAUUGUAUAUAUUUUUUUAAGUUUAACAUGUGGUGGUGUGGGUGGGUAAAUUGUCCAUUUUGCUCUGCGUAAAAUAACCGAAUCGUUUUGAGAAUAUAUUCAUUUCACUAAUGAAUUCUGUCCGAGCACAACUUCGUUCUUUUGAUUUAUAAUAAAAACAAGACAAAAUUCUUGUUCCAAUUUUGAACUAUCAAAAUGAGCGGCUGUAGUUCGGUUUCCACAUUUGUAGACACGUUUACGAGCUCAAGCUAAAUUGAGCUGUAAUUUUAAAGAAGAAUGCCUAUUUUCGUUUAAAGCCGUAAAUUAUUUUAGUAAAGUUUAUUUUAGUAGUAGGCGCACUCCCGUGCCCCCAGAUUAUUAUUUAAUAUGACAUGCGCAGAAAUUCAAUUACGGACUUUAUCCACUUAACCUGAAAGUCCACUAUUGUAUGAGAUAUCUUUGUAUAUGUCCCGUCAUUCAAUUAUUUCAAACAAAUUACAUAAGCGUAACAUAGAUCAAAAUACCAGGCCUGAACGAUAGCCUAUUAAUUGUUUUAGCAACUAACAACAAGGAUGUGUAAAUAUGUUUACUUAAACCAUAAAACUUAUCUGUUUUUCGUGAUCAAUCAAAUUAUAGGACUGUAUAAGUUCAUUAUAAUUGUAAAAAACUUUGUUAUAAAAAUUGCAUAAUGCAAAACUGUCUUGUUUUGACAAUUGUAUUGUUUUUGGAUGUUAGGUUUAAAUUUGUAUCACGUUUAUGGAGUUUUGUUGGAAUUAAAAGAUUUUAGUAAAAUA